GAACGCACCAUAACAUCACGGGAGCCGUGUUUCAAGGAUAGUGAAGGUGGAGAGGCGCAACUCGAGAAGCCCUCCCUCCACCUCCACAGAGGAUGACAAAAUAGUCCUUAUUCAGCCAGGAGAGAGAGCAUCACCCCGAGGAUCAGAUGUUGUCCACGGCUCAACAGAUGCUGCAGGAUAGCCGCUCCAAGAUCGAGCUGAUCCGAAUGCAGAUAAUCAAAGUCACCCAGGCUGGUGGCGGCGGCAGCGGCGGCUUUGGGGGCGAUGAUUGUGGCAGCAACCAUGACAGCUCUACUACACAUGGAGGGGUUUCUCCGCUCGCCGUCAGCCCCAUCGACGCUCGUUUGGCAGAGUUGCAGCACUUCAUGCAGAGAGAGACGGAUGCGUUGGUGCUGGCCAAAGAUGUGGUGAAACAGCUGGAGGGAAUCUCGUCUUUGGACCAGAAAGCACUGACUGAGGCUCAGUCCCGGGUGCAGGAGUCCUCUCAGAAGCUGGAUCUUCUGCGGCUUUCUUUGGAGAAAUGCCUAAAAGAAAAGGAGUCACUGCAGCUGCCUGCAGGGGGUGCCGACCCCACAAACAGACCCCCUUCACCCCAAAACUCCAGACCUGUGUGCCAGCUGUCCACCUCUCCCUCCAUAUUCUCCAUCAGGCCGGCCUCUUUGACAGGAAAACUUGAAGUCAGGCUCAUUGGAUGUGAGGAUUUAUUAAAACCCCUGACAGUCUCUGAGCAGGAAGACCAUCAGGGUCCAAAUGAAGAUGUCUCACCUGCUGCUCAACAGACAGACGGCGAAUCAGUGGAGAUCAGUGCGGUGCUCAGACUCGACACCAGAGUGGUCGCUCGGACACGCUGGGCUGCUGUCAGCAGGUCGAACUGGGAUCAGAGGUUCUGCAUCCAGCUGGAGAGGUCUCGAGAGCUGGAGGUCGGGGUCUUCUGGGGCGAUCGGAGGACGAUGUGUGCCGUAAAGUUCCUGCGACUGGAGGAGCUGCUGGAAAACCAGAACCUGAACCGGGAGUUCAGACUUGAGCCACAGGGUGUCCUCCACGCCGAGCUUCGGUUUGUCGACACAGUUGUUGAGCGGCAGCCAAAACUGAGACGUCAGCGAUGCAUCUUCACUAAAGAGAGAGGUAAAAACUUCCUCAGAGCGGCACAGAUGAACAUGAACUUUGCCACCUGGGGUCACCUGAUGAUGAACAUCCUCCCUCGAUACAGCUCCUUCACCACAUUCAGCUCGUCCCUCUCGCCGACCCCCGAAACGAUGUCUAACAAUGCCUCGCGCCCCUCCGAGAAGGAACCUCAAACCACAGCUGCACUGCCAAGCGACGCUCCGGUAAUCCUCAUGGAGGAUCAGUCGUCUCCCACCAGCCUGGACCAGGAAAACUCCUCCACCAUUAUCACCACCCCUCGCAAAACAUCGUCCGUGCCUGCAUCACAAGAAAAACUGUCGUCCAUGAACAACACAGAAGGAAGCGAGGAUCAGCCUGUGUCUGCUCUAAAGAUGCAGGUGGAUGAUUAUCGGUAUAUCUCUGUCCUGGGCCGAGGACACUUUGGGAAGGUUCUUCUAGCUGAGUUUAAGAAGACGGGGAAGCUGUACGCCAUUAAAGCCUUGAAGAAAAAGGACAUUGUGACUCGGGAUGAAGUGGACAGCCUUAUGAGUGAGAAGAGGAUCUUUGAGAUGAUCAAUGCCUCCAGACAUCCGUUCCUGGUGAACCUUCACGGCUGCUUUCAGACUAUCGACCACGUCUGCUUCGUCAUGGAGUAUUUACCGGGUGGAGACCUCAUGAUCCACAUUCACAAUGACGUCUUCUCUGAGGCUCAGACCAGAUUUUAUUCAGCGUGUGUCGUGCUCGGUUUGGAGUUCCUCCAUCUGAAUAAAAUCAUCUAUCGAGACCUGAAGCUGGAUAACCUGCUAAUGGACGCAGAUGGAUUUGUUAAAAUCACAGACUUUGGACUUUGUAAAGAAGGGAUGGGUCACGGCGAUCGGACGUCCACGUUCUGUGGUACUCCUGAGUUUCUGGCCCCGGAGGUCCUCACAGACGAUAACUACACCAGAGCGGUGGACUGGUGGGGGAUGGGCGUCCUCAUCUACGAGAUGCUCGUGGGAGAGUCACCGUUCCCAGGUGAGGAUGAGGAGGAGGUGUUUGACAGCAUCGUCAACGAUGAUGUUCAGUAUCCAGCAUCUCUUCCUGCUGAUGUCGUCUCCAUCGUCCAGAAGCUGCUGAAGAAGAACCCUCUAAAAAGGCUUGGGGCUGGAGAGAGGGACGCCAAUGAAGUCAAAGGAGACGAAUACUUUGAGACCAUCGACUGGGAGGCCCUCCUGGCUAAAAAACUCAAACCUCCAUUCCUGCCGUCGAUUAAAGCGUCGAGUGACGUCAGUAACUUCGACAGCGACUUCACUCGCCUCCAGCCCGUCCUGUCGCCUCCGUCCAAACCGUUCAUCCUCUCUGCAGAGCAGCAGGAAGCCUUCGCUGACUUCGACUUCUGCGCCCUGCACGGUUAA